AAUUACUUUAAAAAAUAUCUGGAUAUGUUCUGAUAAGAUUGUCUUGUAAUUCCUUUUACUAGGUCUAGGAGUGGCUGUCACUCCAGUGUUAGAGAAUUUAAACCAACCUUGGCAUCUUGAGUUGUCCAUUACUCAUCCCAAACCCUCAAAUUUAGAGAACCAACUCCAUUUUUGGGACCUUUAAUGGAGUCAGAACACCAAAAUAAUUCACUCAAGUGCUCUUCAUCGCAGAUGCUCCCGGACCCAACAUGCACCAAUCCUUUUUGCUUCUUUUGCACCAUGAAUGAGAAAAACCCCUCUCUCAGAAAAGCCAAAAUGGCUCAGUGUUUCAAAGAAAUGCCUCUGAGAGAUGACCAAGAACAUGUCUUGGUCUUGAGUGGGCUCUGGAACAUUGCCAUGGAUCAACCUGAUGACCCUGAAUUCCCGUCUCUUGGCAUCUUUGAGUGCAUGCAGAAACUGAUAGACAGAGGCAUCAAAGACAAAGAAUGGCUUCUUAGUGACCAAAACAUCUAUAUUCCCUACUAUGCAGCUCAUAUCAUUGGUUCCUACACGAUGAACAAGGCUGAAUUUGCAGAGAAAGCAGUAAACUCAGGCGUGGUUCUGCCUUUAAUGGAGCUUCUUAGAAGAAAGAUUACAUGGGUAGAGCAAAGGGUUGCAGUCCGAGCACUAGGUCACCUGACUAGCCAUGAGAGUACCUUCGAAGCCAUUGCUGAUUGUGAAGAGGAGAUCGUAGAAUUGGCCAAAGAGUUAGCUAGCAAUUGCCUUGAAACAAUCUAUAAAGAGUUUCUUGGUGUAAAGGAUAUCAAGCGACUCAAAUACCACAGUGACCUCCUCACAAGGGGACUUGGAGGGAUAGAGUUAGAGAAUAGAAAGGCAGAAGAAUGGGCUAGCCAGCUACAGUGCUGGUCUCUGUAUCUCCUAAAUUGCUUUGCAUGUAAAGAAAGAUCCCUUCAUCUCAUCUGCAAGAAACAGUUCUUGAAGGAUUUGUGUGGCAUGUGGGGUGGCUUAGAGAAUCGAACAUCACCUGGCGGGAUUGGACUUAUAAGAAGUUUAUGCAACACCAAAAUUGGAAGAGAAACUAUAGCAAACAUUGAAGAAGUGAUAGUGAGUCUCUGCAACACUUCAAGGUCUUCUGAUGAUUGGCAGUACAUGGCUAUAGAUUCUCUUAUCUUAUUGCUCAAAGACACAGAUACUAGACACAAAGUCAUAGACAUCGCCGCUUUCUUUCUGGCUGACUUGGUUGAGCUAGGAGGCUUAAAUGGAAGAACCAAAAUUGGAGAAGCAAUCACGCAGAUACUGUUACAAGAUUACCAUAAGAUCAAAUAUGGGGGCUUGAGUUUAAAGAGCCAAAACGCAGAGGAAGCUUUAAAGGAGAUAUGGGAGUUGAAGGUAGAACGAAGAAAGAGAGAAGAACUAAUUUCUGAACAAGAAUUGAAAGAGAGGAAAGAUUUAGUCCGCAUAUUAAAACAAGAAGGAAACAAGAAGUUCUGGUCUGGUUACAUAGAAAAAGCUGUCAUCAAGUACACAAAAGCUCUGGAUUUAUGCCCACUAAAGAUGAGAAGAGAAAGAAUAGUUCUUUAUAGUAACAGAGCUCAGGGUUACUUGCUGCUUAGAAACCCAGAAGCAGCCAUUAGUGACACCACUAGAGCUUUGAGCCUGUCCAGUACUGAGAAUCCUCACAGUAAGAGCCUGUGGAGACGAUCACAAGCUUUCGACAUGAAAGGGAUGGCUAAAGAGAGCUUGAUGGAUUGUUUAAUGUUCAUCAAUGUCCGCAUUAAAUCUGAACAAACCGAGCAUGUUAAGAUCCCAUACUACGCAGCUCGUAUGAUCAACAAGCAAAUGAACGCCACGUGGAUUUUUGCAGGUGUGAAGUCAAAGAACAAAUUUCAAGAAAAAGUAGACAAAACGAUGAUGAUGGAUAUCAAAGAGAACAGAGGCAUGGCCACUGUUCUAGAAGAAUCAUUGGCUGAAAAGGGGAGGGGAAGAAGCAAGCAGAAUAAGGCAAAACGUAGGAGAGAGAAGCAGCACGUGUCAAAAGGAGUUGAGAAGUGACAACAGAGCAUCUACAGUGUCUAAUCUUCCAGAGCUCUUUUUGUCCUCCGAGCAAAGAAGGGCUCUUUUACGGACCAGUAUGGUUCUCUCCCUUCUCUUCUAGAAUGGGUUGUAACUAUAAAUUUUUCUGGAAAGUGCCUUGACAACCCAUGGUUUCUGUAAUCUUCUUCUUUGGGUUGCCUUAUGUAGCUUAGACAAGGGUGUUUUGUGAGCAUAAUGCAUGUGAUGAUGCCAUUCUUCUUUGAGCAUCUCUCUUGCAAAGUCAAUUAUCUAUAGGUUCAUCAAAACCAUUGAAAUGUAGGAAACACCAGUCGCAUGGUAAUUUUCAAAAACUUAACUAGUUCAUCGAAAUUUACUCAUAUUGGGAAGUUAAACCUCCCUAUCUUUUUCCAUGAAAAUAAAAUUUUCAUAAAAAACAAGGAAGAGGCUUUAAAGGAAAGACCUGUUUAUGGAUGUUAUCAGUUUCACCUUCUCAGUUAUUUUUUUUAUAAGCAUAAAUUUUAUUAAAAGAUAUCCUUAAAAGAUGUCUAGGAAAACUUAGCAUGAUCAUUGAUUCUAGCCCAAACAUAAUCUCCUUACAUCCAUCUUAUACCAUUCUUACAUCCGUUUUAGACAAUGGUAUGCUAAGAGAGAGCCUGGAAUGUGAUACAAAAGAAAAGAAAAUGUGCAUACAUCUAAUAAAAAAAUCAAGGCGUUUGAUUACAUCUUUAAAGCAAAGCACUAAGAGAAAACUCACCCAAGCAGUUGACUGUUACUGCCCACACCUAACAUGUAGUUGACUGCUUUCAACUUGAUGUAAAAACAAAAAACACAAGAUUGGUCGACCAUCAUAAAAACCUUUUCCUUUCUAUCAAGCUCUCGGUAAACCGUAAUAUAUAGACAUGUUUGAAUUGCAAAGAAAUCUCAAAGAGUGUGCUUAAAAGAUACUUAAGCAUGAUGGAUGCCAGGUUCUAUAUGGAAAUAAAAAUUGCAGCAAAAAUCUAUGGGGAGGAAAGUGCAUUAUUUCCUUAGGUUGCUAUGUUUUUGAAACCAAUUCAGUGUAGUCAUGCAGUCCCUAAGAAGUCCUCCAAUUGCAUUAGGAUCUACUUUGCCUACCUAAAAAAGAGGGAAUUCUCCAAGCAACUUGAUUUUUGUUCUUUGAGAGAUUUGACCAGGAUUGAAUUGUAGUAGAUGGAUUUAUAAGUUCAGAGACUGAGUCAGAAAAACCUCACAUAAAGCUUUCAACCAUGUGGGUAGCCGAUGCAAAAAUAGUACACAAAGUGAUAUUGCUGGAAAGUCAUGGUAGUUGAACACCUUAGCAUUGCAUGCUACCUGUAAAGACCAAAGAAAUGCAUAGAAAUCCAAGCUCUAGAGUAAGUUUGAUAUUUGGAAGAAUGUUUCCACUUCCCAUAGUUGCAAGUCCCUUCUCCAUGUAAAAUUUCAUACCUAGGCACCUGAAACCCAUAUACUAAAAGAAACUACAUCUUCCAUUGCCAAGAAGGAAAGAGAUAUUGUCCAGAACAAAGUUAUUUAUAUUUAUAGGGUAGCUUCUUAGAUAUUUGCCCAGAUAGGAGAUGAGAAACCUUUCAAUCCAAAAGGUAAAAAACUUCAAGCAGCUAUUCCAUAGAUAAAAAAAUAGCAAGAGGAACAUGUGCUAAAAAAGGAAAGUAUAAAAUUAAGAAAAGGCUACCAAGCUCUACGACAUAUGUCAUUUAUUAUUGCAGAGAGCAAAGUCAUUCGAAAUCUGGUUAGCAAGAAAUUGUAUCAGAUUGUUAUCAUUGCCUCUUUUAAAAACAAGACCAAGCUCCCUACCCAGCAUCACCAUGAGAUUUACCUAUUUGGUUGGUGAAAAGGGAGGUGAGUUGUGUCUUAUCUCUAGCUGGUCAGAUAACUGCUUGCUUAAGAUUCGGUUUCUUCUUCUAAUGCCGCUAUUUGUAACAGAGCAGUGUGAAAAGCUUCCUUCCCUUUGUUGUGUUUUAGAUUUACCUCUGAGUGCCACUUUUGGAUGAAGAUUGCGUAAGUCAACUGUGGAUUUUCUAUCUCUUUUUUGUUUGAGACUUCUAUUCACCUUGAAAUGAGAGGUAAAUUGUUGUCUAUGGCUGUUGGACUUAGGCCAGAUUCUGUUGAUGGAGGACUAGGCUCAGAAAAAGACUCGAGUUUUCAAAAGCUUGAUUGAGAUUAUUCGGCCCAUUAGAAAAUGAGUUUUGCUUACUUGUCUCCAUAUUAUGAGUUGUCAAAAUUUUUUCCAGUUCACCAAUGUUCAAUGGCGAGUGUACUUCAAUCUCUUCAUGGUGACGAAUGAGAGCCAACUUGUGUGAGGAUGUGCAGGAAUGUACAACCAGGUUGUUAAUGUUGUGGCGGCUUGGUGGUAUGGAGAUGGUCUGCAUGUUUUCAUUUGUUCUUACGGAAUGAUUAGAUAAUGAGUUUUUUGAGGUCUGAGGUGUAAACCAGUUUUCCUUUAAUUUUCCCCUUCAACAUGCAUUGAUUUAGAAUUAAUUGCUAGUGUGUGGCAGGUGGGCUCCAUGUUGUCAUUCUCUUUGUUACUCUCCUUUGAUGAUUCCACAUCAUCACCUUCUCUGUGCUGCAUGCUAGGAGAUAAAGAGUCAGCUUCCUUACUAGUUGAUUCAGCAAUGGAUUUAUGGAUUGAGGGGAGGUGUUGCUUUACUAAAUAAUGGCAAGGUUCUUCAUUAACUCUCCUAGGGUAUCUAACCUUUUUAAAUUCUAUUGGUAUGAGUUUAUUGAUUUUUCC